AUGCACGCUUCAACGCAAUCAUCCAUACAACAACAAAGUGAUGCGUUGACAACGGCAAUAGGUGCUCUAACUACUCGUUUAGACGCCUUAACAACCGCCUUAAUAACUCGCUUGGCACCGCUUGACCAGCCGGUCGACAAUGCUCCAUUACGACCUAUACAACAACAACAACUCCCGCCUAUUCAUCAUCCUCCUCGUCAACACCAACAACGGUUUCCACACCAGUUUCCGCCUGGGGAUGUUCGACCUCGCAACAUCUUCGACGAAGAAGAAGAAGACCAUAGAUGCGUUUUUAGAGAGGAUCUUCGUCAACAUGAAAACUUCAACAGUCGCUGGGAAAACAGUUUCAAGGUUGACAUUCCUGAAUUUCAUGGAGGUCUCAAAGGCGAUGAUCUCAAUGACUGGUUAGUCUCCGUGGAAGAAAUUCUCGAUUUUAAACAAGUACCUCCCACACAGCGAGUCCCUCUCGUCGCAAUGCGUUUUCGGGGACAUGCGGCGACAUGGUGGAAACAACUCAAAACAACUCGUUCCCGAACUGGAAAAAAUCCUAUCCAGUCAUGGGACAAGUUACUUAAACAUCUGAGACAAACCUUCUUGCCUCAUAAUUACGAACGCGCUAUGUACACCAGACUACAAAAUCUGCGACAAGGAUCUUGUACGGUCGUUGAAUACGCAGAGGAGUUUGCACUACUCCUCACUCGUAAUGAGAUUAAUGACAGCCAAAUUCAACUGGUAUCACGUUUUAUUGGAGGUCUCCGAUCUCAAUUACAGACAGCAAUGGCUCAGUUCGAUCCUUCAACGAUCAGCGAAGCACAGCAACGUGCAGCGUCUCUUGAACAGCAAUCACGAUCGUCUAACUGGAAUUCUUCCUCUACACGUUCGCGAUCUCAGGACCAAACAGUAAGCACCAAUCCGGCUACAACAAUUAAAGAAGCUGGUGAUGCUUCCCCUUCUGUCACAAAACCUGCGACACAAGAUGAGCAACAACUACGCCGUUCAACACGACCAAACGCUUUGCGUUGCUACUCUUGCGGUGAACAAGGACACAGACAGACAGCGUGUCCUCAUGCUACACGCCGAGGACUAGUCAUCAAUGAACCAGUAGAUGAACUCGACGUCUACGACUCUCAGGAAGAAGAUGAUGGCGAGAACGACACCUUAGUCCACCAAACAGCGGGCGAUAGUGGUCAUCUUCUACUUCUUCAUCGUUCUUGUCUUGCACCACGACAACAAGAUGACAAAUGGUUACGUACAAGCAUCUUCCGCUCGACUUGUACCAUCCAAGACCGCAUAUGUAGCUUUAUAAUAGAUUCAGGAAGCUGUCGCAAUGUAAUCUCGGAAGACGCAGUAAAGAAGUUGGGCAUUACCGCAAAACCCCACCCGGCCCCGUAUUCCUUGGGAUGGUUAUCAGAGGGUGUGAACUUACGUAUCACACAGCGUGCCCUUGUGUCUUUUUCAGUGGGACCAAUAUAUAAAGAUCGUCUUUACUUUGAUGUUGCACCAAUGGACAUUAGUCACCUCAUACUGGGAAGACCAUGGGAGUAUGAUCGCCGAGUGACGCAUGAGGGAGUUACAAAUACUUAUAGCUUCACAUGGAAUGCACAACAGAUCGUACUUUUGCCAUCUCGCGAGCCUCCCACUCCUGCGUCGCCUGCUCCUCCAGCCAAGCAGGCAACGUCCCCCACACCACAGCAACGCUCUACCACGAUGUUGUGUUCAUACUCCACUUUCAUCUCAGAGUUGAGAUUAAAGGAUCACGCCUUCGCCAUCAUACCAGUGACACAAGAAACCGCCCCCACGGCAGCUUCGUCUCCAUCAAACAUGUCCUUGUCAGCGGUUUUAAACGACUUUCCCGACGUCUUUCCCGCAAACUUACCGAAAGGUCUGCCCCCUCUACGAGAUAUACAACAUCAGAUCGAUCUCGUUCCCGGCGCAAUUCUUCCCAAUAGACCACAUUACCGUAUGAGCCCGAGCGAGCAUGAGGAACUGCGUCGCCAAGUCGAAGAUCUGCUCCGCAAGGGACACAUUAAAGAAAGUCUAAGUCCAUGUGCAGUCCCAGCUCUUUUGAUUCCUAAAAAAGACGAUUGGAUCAGCAAAUUCUUUUCCAAAAUCGACCUCAAGAGCGGUUAUCAUCAGAUUCGAAUUCGUCCCGGUGAUGAAUGGAAGACCGCUUUUAAAACUCGUGAAGGUCUUUUUGAAUGGUUAGUUAUGCCUUUUGGCUUGUCUAAUGCUCCUAGUACCUUUAUGAGGAUUAUGAACCAAGCUCUCCGCGAAUUCAUCGGCCGCUUUGUUGUCGUCUACUUUGACGACAUACUCAUCUUUAGCCCUUCGAUCAGCGAACAUAAGGACCAUUUGCGUCAAGUCCUUACCGUUCUACGUCGAGAGAAGCUUUUCGCAGCAACACAAAAGUGUGAGUUUGGCGUGUCGCAAGUCCUUUUCUUAGGAUAUAUAGUCUCGGAUAAAGGACUCUCGGUGGAUAUGUCUAAAAUUGACGCUGUCCAGUCGUGGCCUAUACCAAAAUCAAUUUCUGACGUACGAAGCUUUCAUGGUCUUGCCUCGUUCUAUAGACGCUUCGUCGAGCAUUUCAGUACUAUAAUGGCGCCAAUUACGUCUUGCAUGAAAGAGGGACGAUUUACUUGGACGCAAGAGGCAUUCGUGGCUUUCACCUUAAUAAAGGAAAAGUUGACUUCAGCUCCAAUUCUUGUCCUUCCCGACUUCUCUGCUACCUUCGAACUACAUUGUGAUGCAUCAAAACUUGGAAUCGGUGCAGUCCUCAGUCAGCGUGGGCGUCCGGUGGCCUAUUUUAGUGAGAAGUUGGCCGGUGCUCGCAGCCGCUAUAGCACAUACGAUGUCGAGUUUUAUGCCAUUGUUCAAGCUAUUAAACAUUGGCGUCACUAUCUCGAACUACACCAGACAGCUCAACAAAAUGUAACACAGGCAGCUUCCAAAUACAAAUUGGCGGCAGAUUCAAAACGACGAGAAGUUCUAUUCGCACCAGGAGACCAGGUUUGGGUGUAUCUUACAAAAGAGCGCCUUCCUUUGCGCGAAUAUAACAAACUUAAGUCCAAGAAGAUCGGACCAGUGGAGGUUGUCGAAUGCAUAAAUCCAAAUGUGUACCGCGUCAAGCUCCCUUCGGAUUUGCGCACUUCGGAUGUCUUCAAUGUUAAACACCUUUCUCAUUUUCAUGGCGAUAAUGACGUUCCAGAUUCGUGGACGAAUCCUCCGCCACCCGGGGGAACCUGA